UUCAGGAAGAAAGCGACUGACAUAACACCACCGGUCAGGACUCGCUACGAACACUACGUAGGAAGUGAUUUUUUUUUUAGUGAUUUAAUUCCAGUCGUUUCUUCAAGGGAAAUCUUGUUAUCAGGCAGAUUAAGUCAGGAUAUGAGGUUUGCUUGCAGGGUUCCGUUAAUUUCUGUAAUAAGGAAGAAUAAUAUUGACAGAAACGUGAGGAAAAUAACUUUAAACUAAGGAAGUCUGACCUAACGUAAAAGGAAGGAGCAGACAGAAAUUCCAACGAAAACAGAUUGUCAUCAGAAUGAUUUCCCCGUAAAAAGCAAAUACUGUAAAUGAAGAUUUUUUUUCUCUCGAUUACUGUGUUUUCUUCGUCACUUGUUCUCGUGAUUAUUGCGUGAAAGAAAAGGAAGACUGAAUAACAUGGUUACGAUGGACGGUCUGGUGUUUUCCAGAAGCAUCGGGAACAGAAGCAUCAGCGCCUCAGCCGCUGAGCGCACUCUUCUUCUAGGUGCGUUGGCAACUCACAUGGGCGUUUUAGACACCCGAGAAAACGACUCUCAAACGGUUACGAGGAAAGCAGAGCUUUGGGAUGAAAUCACUAGGCACUUUAACUCAAAUGCCACGACUCCUAGGUCUAGGCAACAGAUCCAGACCCUUUACAAGAACAUGAAAGCUAAAGCCAGGAGAUAUGAAGCUCGUUUAGCUGAAAUGGCCAAUGGUAUUCCACCGCCAGAUCCUGACCCAAUAUCAGAGAUGCUCUUGGGUCUCCUCCAGCAACAGUUGAGGCACCAAAGACGACAUCUUCGCAAUCUUAUGGCACGAGACACAAGUGGCUUCCCAUCUAGCGCCUCCCAGUCAUCAACCGUUCGACAGACUUCAUCUGCUUUUAUUAAUCCAGAACAGAUGAUGCAGGUAUUCCUUAGCGAAGGAACCACCGAAGACGCAGAUAUAAAAUCCGAAAAUGGCGAAGGAGACCUUGAAAGAACACCAGAUCCCAACAAAAUUAGUCCCACUUCUCAGACCCUUCCUGAAACACUGGAAUCCAUUGCAAAACCUCCUCUGCCUAUGAAUCUCUUGGAGUCAACUGACGAUUCAAAACUGAGUUCCUCUCCACUUUCAUCGUUUACUGACGUCGGUCCCCCAUCACCUGUCACUGAUAACUGCCCUGAGGACCUUUCCCCAAAUCUCAGUCAUUCUAAUGAGAUAUACUGUCAAAACCUACAGUCAGUGCCUAACUCUACCCUAAAGUCAUCUGCUACAAAGGAUAUUCAGUGUAGAAAACUUGAGCGGUACCCACAAAAUUCUCUCAAAAUUCAUGAUUUUGAAACAUUGACGAAUUCCCUAGAUGCAGCAGCAGCGUUGAAAAACAUUCACUCUUCCGAAGAGGUGCAAAACAAAAGGUCGUUCAGUGACACAAGGUCAGAAACAGCAUCUCCCACCCCAAAGAGGCCAUACUUGGAGAGCUUUCCUAGGAACCACACGCCCUCAUUUUCUAAACCGCUCUGCUGUCACUGGCCAGAAUUUAAUGCAAAGAUGGCCUGUUGCUCCCCGGAAACUCACACAAAAAUACUGGCUAUGGCUCAAGAGGAACAUCAGAUGAAAAUCACCUUCCUCAAAAGAGAAAUGGAACAGAGGGAUCGUGAACAUGAAACAAAGAUGAAAAGUUUAAUGCUCGAACUGGAGGAAGCUAAGCUGCGAAUAGAACAAAUGAGAAUGAUUUUCCCUGGAAUUACUGAAAAUAAUAAAGCUGAAUUAAAGAAUCGUGAUCACUUCGCAGCUACACAACAAAAGGACAAGGAAUAGAGCAAAAGAACGUCAUACCAAAAGUUUGGCCGACCCGCAAUCAUUUUUUAAAUGCCUUGACAAUCUGAUAAUAUUUAAAGAUUUCAUUACAGCACAGCAAAACUAGAGCUAACAUUCCAGUAAUCAUACAAAGUAAUCGUUCUUUAAUAUGCUUGUCUUACUUGUCAUCUUUGAGCAUUUCAGCUCUCAUACUUGGAAUUUAUGGGGUCUUUUCAGUAAACACGUGUCAUGGUCAAAAUGUCCAUCUCAUGCGAUAGUAUUAUGUUUGCGCUUAAAGGCCCACUUGUGUAUAAAGUGCUUCACCAUAUUAUAUUUUCUCUUGUGAAAUUUUCUCACAGUUGAUACUGAACAAAGGCCAAGCAUGUUAGGCCUUCUGGGAGAAUAUUGUUUGGGAAAAUCUUAUAGAAAUCACUGUAAUCUAAAAAAUAUAGUGCAUACUGAUUUGCAUGCUAUGAUGAUAUUGUUAUCUAAUAAAAAGGGAGUAUACCAUGGA